AUACCCCACAUUUUCAUUUUUCUAGCACCGGAAAACAAUGACAUUGUACCCACCAUCUCUGCCUAUCCAACCAGUAUAUACAUUUUUGUGAGUGUACAUUAAGUCUCCCUAUAUCCCUCUCUUCUCCAUUACCUUCUAAACCCUAAAUUUCUUUCUUUGUUUCUUUCUCUUAAAAGAAAAAUUAUGAAGAAGGUGAAUUUGAUACUAAGGAAAUGCAAGAGCUUGUCAAGGCAACUUGGUAGAUCCUCAUCUUAUAGUAGUUUAAGGUCAAAAUCUACUAGAGAAGAAGUAUUAUGGAGUAAUGUUGAUAAUUAUAGUAAUAAGCAAGAAGAUGAAGAUGGAGAUCAAACUACUACAAUUUAUGUUGGAAGCACAAGAAAGCGUUGUGUGAUUAGUUCAAAGUACUUAAGCCAUCCUCUAGUGAAUGCUCUAAUUGAAAAGACAAAGCAAAAGCAUGGAGAGGAUGUUUUAGUUGCAAAAUGUGAAGUAGUUCUCUUUGAUCAUCUCUUGUGGAUGCUUGAAAAUGCUGAUCCUAAUAAUCUUAGCUUGGAUUCCUUGGAGGAAUUGGCUGAUCUUUAUGUCUUCUAAGGAGCAAUUAUCUUUCAAUUAUAUAAAUAUAUAUAUUCCUUCUGGUUAUUGAUAUCUAUAUAUCAUUAAUUGUAGCUAAUUAACUCCAUUGAGUUUGUUGGAUCUUGUAUGGUAAAAACCAUGAUUUGAACAAUUUGUAGAUGCACUUCUUCUUUUCUAAAUGAUUGUUCUUCAAUCUUGAUCCUUUUAUGCUAAUAAAAUUUUCCUCAUUUGGUAUAAA